AUGGCCCUUAGUCGUCGUGACAUAAUUCUGGCGGGCGUCGGUGUGUUCAUCGCAUGGGGUCUUGUGGUUCGCUGGCUGCCAAUCCUCCGGUAUCUGGGAUAUGCUGUGACUCUGGGUGCUGUGCUAUGCUCUGCGGGUAUUAUAGGUCUUGUCAUAUUGACCGUCCGGCACAAAAAUGACAAAUCCACCAUCAAGAAUGUUUCGAUGGCUUUCAUCAAACCCAAGCAUUGGCGAAAGGAAGUGCUCAAUGUCCGCCGAAGCAUGCGAUACCGGGCCCGGCCGCUUUAUCCUCAAUCCUUUGUUGUUUCGGAGGGUAUUGACGAACUCUUGUCUUUCAUAACCCGGGAUUUUGUUUCAUCUUGGUACCACAGUAUCAGUCCAAACCCUACAUUUGCCAAUGAGGUCGAUCGAACGAUCCGUGUUGCUCUGGAAAACCUCCGGGAUCGGUUGGUAGCAGAGGACAUGAUCUCGCUGAUAGUUUCGCGCAUCUUUCCGAUUCUGACAGCGCAUCUCAAAGAGUUCGACAUUGCUGAACGUUCUGUUCGGGGGCGCAACCUUAAUCGAAAUGUGACCGAGUCCGGGGAGCUCGACUUAGCCAUUGCAAAUAAGUAUCGUGAAGGCCGCUUACACCCUGCUGUGACUCUCACCACCUCCGAUCAAAAGACAGUUCAACAGGAAUAUCUACGCAAAUUAGCAGUUGGUCUAUUGCCCCAGCUAUUCCCAAAAAGUGUGCUCAACAGUCGCAUCGUAUCGGUCCUGAUUCGCGAAAUUAUCUCAUGUGCUGUGCUUUUUCCGAUGGUUUCAGCAUUGUCAGAUCCGGACACAUGGAACCAGUUAAUGGAAGCAUAUGGCCGUACAGCCCUGCAGGAUCGGAAAACUGUGCGCAAGCUACGUGCUGCAUUGGACCAGCAUGCGUCACCCGCACCCAAAUCAAAGCGCGGACAGCCGUUCCCACGCUUGUCCCCAACUGAUUCAGAGAGAGCUUUUGAACGCUUCGUGAGGGCAAUUAGAAAAUGCAACAAUCUUUCCGAUGCCCGUCGGUUCCGUGCUCUUGUUGCCAGUCAAUUGAAGCAAGAGAGUGUGGUCGAGGGCCAGGACCCGGUUUAUUUGAGGCGUCUCGAAACAGGCAAACGUGUCCUUGACCAGAAAGUGGCAAAGCUUGCCAGGCCUAGCGAGAACUCCCAUGUCUCUCCAGCCGUAGAGAUCCGACCUGAUGUCCCUUCUACAAAGCAUGAAGCGUCACUGGUUGACGUGAUGCACAGCGCAUCUGGGCUGUCUUAUUUCAUGGAAUUCAUGGACCGCCAAAAGCUGAUGUCACUUGUUCAGUUUUGGGUCGUUGUGGAUGGAUUCCGCAACCCACUUGAAGACGAUUUUGGAGACGAGGCGGAGCCUACUUCACUGACGUGGAAACCAUCGGAUAGAAACGAUUUGGCUCUUCUCAGUGAGACCUACCUCUCAAAGCCAGAGCUCAAGGUAUCUGAGGAGUCUCGCCGAGCAGUCAAGGCGUUUUUAAGUGCAGGAAAGCGGGCAACGCCAGCGCAGUACCGCAAAGCGCGGAUGGUGGUUCUGACCACCCAGUCCGCCAUUCUAGAGCAACUCCAAGAUAUCUAUUACCCCAAAUUCAAAGAAUCGGACUUAUACUGGAAGUACCUUGCGUCUGACGAAGCUUCCGCUUCUCAGGCACCAGUUUCCCAAUCUUCUCCAAUGGCGGUCGCUUUUGAAACUCCCGAAAGGCGACCUCUUCCUCCCUUGUUGUCACGAACUAAUUCACAGCCGGGACCGAGACCAUCCAAGGACCUUCGACGAGCCGCUGUCUCGUCCAGUGAUGUGCGUGGCAUGGGCAAACUUUUUGAUGAUGACGAUUCCCUUCGACGAUCGAUAGACUCAGAGCGAUCUGCUCGUCUAUUUGAUGACGAUUACGACACAGAUAACAAUCUCGCCAUGUCCACCCAUAGCCUGGGCAAGGAUUCUCAAAAUGGCGAAACUGACGCCGGCCAAAGCCAAACCCAAGUCCUCGAGACUAUGGAGGCAGCGCUCAACGACAUUAUAACUAACGAACCGAAAAAUGGCACAAUUCAGGACCUCAAAGGUGAGGCCUCUGGCCCUUUUGGGGCGGAACGUCCUGCUAUCUCGCCACGCAACCCCGACGCUGCCCAGGUUGACAACCGAAAUGAGAAAUCCAAGAAAAGCAUCGCAUCGCUUGGUCUGGUGAACCAUGCGUCACGACUUGGUGUGUUUGAUGACGACUUGUUCCCAGAGCAACAAAAGUUCAUAGAAGAUGAAUAUGAAGAACCAGAAGGCGUCGAUGAAAAGGACCCGGCAGAUGAGGUGCAUGAAGCCGCGCCAGGGGACUUGGGAUUAACGGAAGCCAUUGAGGCGCUCUCGGUGGACAUAGACAAACUUGCAGCUCAGGAUGCUGUGGUUCAAGCAUUGACUCGCAAAGCUGAGCUGACAAACAACACCGCAGAGCUGAGGAUCCUACGGAAGUCCAAAGCUAGUCUUGAACGCGAAAUACACCGCAAGGAAAUGCAGCGGCAACAGUACAUUCUCCAGGAAAACGACAACAGCUUGUUUGGGCGAUCCACCGUCAGCCUCAAGUCCAUCGUCGUGGGCAAGGAAGAGGAGGAUGGUCGUGAAUUUGCAAUGUACAUUGUGGAGGUCCAGAGAAAUGCAGGCGAGCAAAUGCCCGCUGCCUCGUGGGUCGUUGCAAGAAGAUACAGCGAGUUCCAUGAGUUACAUCAAAAGCUACGCCAAGGAUAUCCUUCUGUCCGGCACUUGGACUUUCCUCGCCGACGCGUCGUCAUGAAGCUACAAAAGGAAUUUCUUCACAAACGACGACUUGCUCUCGAAGCCUACCUCCAGAAACUCCUCCUUCUACCCGAUGUCUGCCGCAGCCGUGAUCUACGUGCGUUCCUGUCCCAACGUGCCAUUCUCCCCCGCAAGGAAAAUGCUCGCGACAACGAAGGCGAAACCAAAGACCUCGUCACACGUAUCUACAACUCCGUCGCAGACGGCAUGGACGACUUUCUCGGCAACUUCGGCGUUCUAGACCAACUCUCUACCGCAGGACAAAACCUCAUCUCGGCCGCUACUCAGCAAGCCACCAGCACCAUGACUCCAGAGGCUAGCCUCACCACCGGGGACGCCGUCACAUCCGCCGAAGCAGAAGCGGAGCUCAACGCCUUCGAAGACCGCGAGCUCGAGCCCUUCAUCAAGCCCAUCUGCGAUCUCUUCCUCGAGGCAUUUGAAUUGAAUCGUGGCAACAACUGGCUGCGCGGCCGGGCCGUCGUCGUUGUCUUGCACCAGCUGCUCGGGGGGACGAUCGAGCGCAAGGUUCGCGAGGGAACACGCGACUUGGUGAAGGAUGAUUCACUUCUCAAAUAUAUCGCUCUCGCUCGUGAUACCCUCUGGCCGGGCGGUGUGCUCCGCAAAGUGCCACCCCGCUCAGCAGCAGACCGUCUUAACAGUCGUACUGAGGCCACUGUGGUCUUGGCUACUCUCAUCCCAGAUCUGGCGGGUAAUGUCGUCGGCAGAGCGAAUGCGCAGGCUGCUGCCCGUCGCAUCUUUGCUACGCUCAAUAACCAGCAUCUUAAUACCCAUCUUGUUUUCACGAUUCUUGACGAGAUCGUCCUGGUCCUCUUUGGGAGUUCCGGCCGGUCUAGAUGA